AGCUCCGAGUCCUGUCGGUGGGGGCAGCAGGAUGCUGGUGGCAGUAGAGGGGGCCGGCCGGGUGCCUCCGCAGCUCAACUGGCAGGGCCCUGUGGGGCGUGUGUGGCUGCUGGUGCGCGCCCCCAGCCCCACGCCUCCCCAUGCAGCCCUGGCAGUGCCUCCGGCGCUUUGCCCUGGCCUGGUGGGAGAGGACCGCCGAGGGUCGCGCCCGUUCUCCCAGGGAGGAGGUUGGACCGAGGGACCCUGGGGGCCGAGGGGAGCCAGGGCUCCAGCGAGCGGCGGGAGGGAAGCCGGCAGGACUCUGCUCCCUCUGUUUAAAGUCUCCAGAUCCGGAGCGGAGCAGCCCCCCCAUGCUGUCUGCCGACGAUGCCGAAUAUCCUCGGGAGUACCGGACCCUGGGGGGUGGGGGCAGCGGGGGCAGCGGGGGCCGGCGCUUCUCCAACGUGGGGCUGGUGCACACCUCCGAGCGGCGGCACACGGUGAUCGCUGCCCAGAGCCUGGAGGCCCUCAGCGGGCUCCAGAAGGCCGAUGCUGACCGCAAGCGAGAUGCGUUUAUGGACCACCUGAAGAGCAAGUACCCCCAGCAUGCCCUGGCCCUUCGAGGUCAGCAGGACAGGAUGAGAGAGCAGGUCGGCGGCUGGACCGUGGACCCUGUGUGCCUCCUCAGCUCCCUCUGUUCCCACCUCCACGGCGACUCCACCCCCUCAGGGGCUGGCCAGCCUGCCCAGCAACCAAACUACUGGAGUUUCAAGACCCGCAGCUCGCGCCAUACUCAGGGAGCCCAGCCAGGGCUGGCAGACCAGGCAGCCAAGCUGUCCUACGCCUCGGCUGAGUCGCUGGAGACAAUGUCCGAGGCCGAGCUGCCCCUGGGCUUCAGCAGGAUGAAUCGCUUCCGACAGAGCUUGCCUCUCUCCCGCUCUGCCAGCCAGACCAAGCUGCGCUCACCAGGAGUCCUGUUCCUGCAGUUCGGGGAGGAGACGCGACGUGUACACAUCACGCAUGAGGUCAGCAGCCUGGACACGCUGCACGCACUCAUCGCGCACAUGUUCCCGCAGAAGCUCACCAUGGGCAUGCUUAAGUCGCCCAACACCGCCAUCCUCAUCAAGGACGAGGCUCGCAACGUCUUCUACGAGCUGGAAGACGUCCGGGAUAUCCAGGACCGGAGUAUCAUCAAGAUCUAUAGGAAGGAGCCACUGUAUGCCGCUUUUCCUGGCUCGCACCUCACCAACGGUGACCUCCGGGUAUGUCUGAGAGCACCUAAGGCACUGAGAGAGAUGGUUUACGCAUCGCGGGAGUCGUCGCCCACGCGGCGCCUCAACAACCUGUCGCCCGCAUCGCACCUAGCAUCUAGCUCCCCGCCUCCAGGGCUGCCAUCCGGGCUGCCUUCGGGACUGCCAUCGGGCUCGCCCUCGCGUUCACGCCUCUCGUAUGCUGGGGGCCGGCCGCCCUCUUACGCCGGCAGCCCGGUACACCACGCGGCUGAGCGACUGGGAGGCGCCCCGACCAGCCAGGGCGUGAGCCCCAGCCCCAGCGCCAUCCUGGAGCGGCGCGACGUGAAGCCAGAUGAGGAUCUGGCGGGCAAGGCGGGCGGCAUGGUGCUGGUGAAGGGCGAGGGCCUCUAUGCCGAUCCCUACGGGCUGCUGCACGAGGGCCGCUUGAGCCUGGCCGCCGCAGCAGGAGACCCGUUCGCAUACCCGGGCGCGGGCGGCUUGUACAAGCGGGGUUCUGUGCGCUCGCUCAGCACCUACUCGGCCGCUGCGCUGCAGUCCGACCUGGAGGACUCGCUGUACAAGGCGGGCGCCGGCGGCCCGCUCUACGGAGACGGCUAUGGCUUCCGUCUGCCGCCUUCGUCCCCGCAGAAACUAGCCGACGUCUCAGCGCCCUCCGGGGGACCUCCGCCACCGCACAGCCCCUACUCUGGGCCGCCCAGCCGCGGCUCGCCGGUGCGCCAGUCGUUCCGUAAAGAUUCUGGUUCCUCGUCGGUCUUUGCUGAGAGUCCUGGAGGCAAAGCCCGCAGCACCGGGGCUUCCACGGCCGGAGCACCACCUUCUGAACUCUUCCCUGGACCUGGAGAGCGCUCCCUCGUAGGGUUCGGGCCGCCGGUGCCAGCCAAGGACACAGAGACCAGGGAGCGUAUGGAGGCCAUGGAGAAGCAGAUUGCCAGCCUCACUGGGCUAGUACAGAGUGCUUUACUGCGAGGCUCGGAGCCGGAGACCCCAAGUGAGAAGAUUGAAGGCUCCAAUGGAGCAGCCACCCCCUCAGCACCAGUGUGUGGGUCAGGCAGUAGGAGUAGCGGGGCCACUCCAGUGUCGGGCCCUCCCCCACCCGCGGUCAGCAGCACCCCUGCAGGGCAGCCCACUGCUGUCAGCCGGCUGCAAAUGCAGAUGCAUCUGCGUGGCCUACAGAACAGCGCUAGCGACCUGCGUGGCCAGCUUCAGCAGUUGCGGAAGCUCCAGCUCCAGAACCAGGAGUCGGUGCGCGCGCUGCUGAAGCGCACCGAGGCGGAGCUGAGCAUGCGCGUGUCGGAGGCGGCGCGGCGGCAGGAGGACCCGCUGCAGCGGCAGCGCACCCUGGUGGAAGAGGAGCGUUUGCGUUACCUCAACGACGAGGAGCUCAUUACACAGCAGCUCAAUGACCUGGAGAAGUCAGUGGAGAAGAUCCAGAGGGAUGUGGCCCAUAACCACCGGCUGGUGCCUGGUCCUGAGUUGGAAGAGAAGGCUCUGGUGCUGAAACAGCUUGGGGAGACGCUGACGGAACUCAAGGCUCAUUUCCCAGGCCUGCAGAGUAAGAUGCGGGUAGUGCUGCGUGUAGAGGUGGAGGCAGUCAAGUUUCUGAAGGAGGAACCUCAACGCCUCGACGGGCUUCUCAAGCGCUGCCGGGUGGUCACUGACACGCUGGCCCAGAUCCGAAGGCAAGUGGAUGAGGGUGUGUGGCCUCCCCCCAACAAUCUCCUGAACCAGUCCCCCAAGAAGGUGGCAGCCGAAACAGACUUCAGCAAAGGCCUGGAUUUUGAGAUACCACCCCCGAGUCCUCCACUGAAUCUCCACGAGCUGAGCGGGCCUGCGGAAGGCACCCCGCUUACCCCAAAAAGCGGCAACCCUACCAAAGGCCUGGAUGCUCCGAGCAAGAGAAACAUGGACAAAGCUGUGUCUGUCGAGGCUGCAGAGAGAGACUGGGAAGAGAAGCGGGCCGCCCUGACCCAGUACAGCGCCAAGGACAUCAACCGGCUGCUGGAGGAAACCCAAGCUGAGCUGCUCAAGGCUAUCCCCGACCUGGACUGUGCCAGCAAGACCCACCCAGGCCCUACUCCCACUCCAGACCACAAGCCCCCUAAGGCACCCCAUGGUCAGAAGGCUGCUCCCCGGACAGAGCCCAGUGGGAGAAGAGGAUCAGAUGAGCUCACAGUGCCCCGAUACCGCACAGAGAAGCCCUCCAAGUCGCCCCCGCCACCCCCUCCCCGCCGGAGCUUCCCUUCCUCGCACGGCCUGACCACCACUCGCACCGGAGAAGUGGUGGUCACCAGUAAGAAAGACUCAGUCUUCAUCAAGAAGGCUGAAUCUGAGGAGCUGGAGAUCCAGAAGCCUCAGGUGAAGCUGCGUCGCGCUGUGUCUGAGGUGGUCCGCCCCGCGUCCACACCGCCCAUUAUGGCCUCGGCCAUCAAGGAUGAAGACGAUGAGGAACGCAUCAUUGCUGAGCUGGAGGUGUUUGAAAGAAGUUCAGUCUCUUCCCUCCCCCUCACGCCCCGCCGCCAGCCGAUCCCCACCUUGCUGUCCCCCCAGGACUUGGGGUCCCCUGGGGGCUCAGCUCUGGGCUUCCCACGGAAGGCUGCCUCAGGGCCCAGGGUCUUCUGUGUCCCCCAGAUCAUCCUGACGGAAUGCACUUCCAGCUCUCCCACUCUGCCACAGACCACCUUAGAGGAACUGGGUCCCCAGGCAGUCCCCACACCAAGACCCCGGACCCUGGCUGGCAGUGGGAAGACUUGGAAUGGCCCACAGGCCUUGCUGGGACUAGCAACGGAAGUACUCUGGCCCAGGAGCAGCUCAGAGUCCGGAAAGGAACCAGCAGUUCUACAGAGCUCGCACAGUACAGAAGCCAGAGUUCUCUGUCUCCAGGGACCAUCUCCGGAUGAGACCCAGAAGACUUUUCCUGUUGAGACCCACCUGGAAGAGACCCCUCAGAACUCUGUAUGUGACAUUCGAGCUUGCAGUAGGGGACUGCGGGGCAUCAGCUCAGGCUGCACAGAGCAGGAUGCUGCCCUGCUACGGAUGGACAGCCUGGAGGAGACACUCCAGGAACUAGAGACCACCCUGAGCGAGAUGGGCGCCAAAUCGACUAUGCCGUGUCCAGGCAGCCCCCAAUCCCUACGUCCCCACCCCCAGAGUGGUGGUGGCAGUGUGCCACCCAUGAAGGUGGUGACUCCCGGAGCCUCUCGGCUGAAGGCGGCCCAGGGUCCAGCAGGCAGCCCUGAUAAAGGCAAACACGGCAAGCAACGAACGGAAUACAUGAGGAUCCAGGCCCAGCAGCAGUAACCAUGGACUGAACCCACACCCCACUCUGCUUUCCAGGCCUUUGAUCCAACCCCAUGGCUCCCCUCAAUCUUCUUUGUGCCCUGCUGACACACUUCCCUGCCCCGUUCCCCCAGUUCAGAGGAGCGUCCUCUCCAGCUGCCCAGCCCCUCCUGGGUUCUCGCUUUUGCAGUUAGUUUUCUCUCAGCCUUGUGGAGUUUCCCCAUUUUUCAACACUUCAGCCAGGAGCCAGCACGGAGGCUCUCCUAUGCUCUCUCUGACCCCUGACCCCUGUUUUUGUUCCAGGCCACUAAACCAUCUAAAGAGAUGAGCGGUCCGAAUGAGACCUCAAGCCCCGUCUCAGAAAAACCCUCUGGUUCCAGAACCUCCAUCCCUGUAUUGACUUCCUUUGGGGCAAGGAAUUCUUCCAUCUCCUUCUAGAAGCCCCUCAUGCCACCACCCCAGCCUGCCCCUCCUUUAUUCCUGCCAUCGUCCCUCCUUUCAUGCUCUACCCUCUUCACUCUCUCGCCUGAAGGGUUGCAGGGGGCAUGGCCCUCUGCUCUCUCAUCUCCUCUUGGUGUUUUUGGUUUUUUUAAGCGAUUUCCUUUUAAUUAUCUUCCUUUUCCUUUUUCUUUUUUUAAAGAGUAAAAGAGAAAGCUAAAAACCAAACACACCAACGUCCCCUCACUUCCUGUUCCCCAGCGGGCCUCUGCUCCGCCCACUUCCUGUCAUUUUCCCCCUUCUGCUCCGCCCACUUCCUGUCAUCUUCUUCCCCUCUGCUCUUUCACCCUUUCCCCCCACCCCCAAGUCCAUCCAAAGUUCCCACCUCCCCUAACUUCCCAAGAACACUUGGAACAAACUCUGAGCCACGGAGACUUGGAGCGGAGCGAGACCCCCUCCCAUUUACUGGGUUCCUUCCUGGAGGAACAAAUGGACAAGGACUGACUCAGCGUCAGGCUGGACAAUGGACAAGGGAGACCCUGGCCUUGGAGACGCCCCACUGUCUGUCCAGCCUUCGAAGAGACAGAACUCUGCUGCUGGCCUGUGGUUUUUCUUUCGAACCAGGGUGGGCCUGGAAGCAGGCCUAGCUGGAGGGGAUUCCCAGAGAAGAGGCCAAGGCUGGGUGUGAGGAGGGAAGGGGGUGGGGGGGACACUAGGUGCCAGGGGAGAAGCUGGCUCACUGCUGCUCAGUGUCCGGCUGGUGCUAGCAACAAAUAGAAGGAGGUCCCCAAGACACCUGUUAUGGAGGGUGCUUCUGGGGACAGCCUGCCCCUGGGGUUCUGCCUUGGGAGAGGGCAACCCUGAGAGGGGCAACUGGUACUUUUAGUUCCCUAAUUUAGCACUUUAAAUGCCAUUAACUUAUUUUGUGGGGGUGGGGUGGGGAAGAUGGAAGGGCCUAGAACUAUGUUUGGAGGGUGGGAAGGGUCUGCUUUGAGGGAUACAGGGAGAAGGGUUGGGUGGGUGCAGUAAAGUCUCUGACCCCUAGGGGGAGCAACUUGACCUUCAGCCAGCCUCUAUGAUUCGAGGGUUUUCAGGGAAGGGGUGAGAUGUGACUUGCCUGUAGGGAUCUGGUGACCACUCGUCAGGUGUUUGAGGGUCCCCAAGGCAGAAGAGCCAGCUAGUACUCCAGUCUGGAUACCUUGCAGGGGUCCUGCACAGGGCAGACUGACUUUUGCGUGGGUCCAGGAGUCAAAGGGAGAGGCUGACUUGGUUCUGGCCUGGCCCCCAGCAAGUACAGAGGGGCCAGAGCGAAAAGGAUUACGGAGAGGGCUGGAAGGGUGGAGGGGGUCCCCUUUGGAGCACAAAGCAGAGUAAGCACAGAGAUGUGGUCUUGGGACUAGUCCCACAGUAAGCACAGAGAGGAACCAUUGAAGGGACAGAACCCCAAGACCCUGGAGCCCAGCAGGGGAGAGCCAGUGGCAGCUGUUGACGGUUUGGGGAGGGAGGGAAAACUGGGUUGUGUUUCUUUUCUUUGAUUUCGUUCGUUUUUAUUUCUUUCUCUUUGUUUUAUUGGUUUGCUCUUGUUUUCUAGCUUUGAAUCAUUUUUGUACUAAGGCAAGCAAGCCUUUUUGAAAAAUAACAAAAGAAGAAGAAAAAAAAAUCCCUCCCAGAAAAAAACAAAACGAAAAAAAAAAAAAAAACAAAAAACAAAAUAAAAAAAACCAAAAAAAGCCCUAAAAAAUAGAAAAAAAAGGACCUCACAAUGAUGCAAUUACUUUUAAUUGCAAGUAACUCUUUACAUUUAAGUGAAGUGUCUUAACAUUUUAUAUUGUUUUAAAAAUAUAUUUACAUAUUAUAUAUAUAUAAUAUACGUAAUAUAAAUAUAUAUAAAUAUUUAAAAAAGAAAAAAAAAAAAAAGAAAACCACAGCACACUCUCCCUGGCCGCUGUCUGGCAAGGGAGGGGCUGGGGACAGGCGUAUGGCCUGGUGUCCAUAGUCCCCGUGAAGCAGUUUGGUUUGAUUUGGCUGUACAGAGACCCCUGGCUUGGGAGGGGAGGGGGAGGGCCCCUCCACUCCAUUUCUCUUUGCUUGCUACUCUUUGCUUGCCCCCACACCCGCUCAGCCCUGUGACCUGAGUCUGCGCCCCUCCGUCAUUGUCCUGAGUUGAGUGUCCUUCGUGGAGAGAGGGGAUGCCGGAGGAAGUGACCAUCCACGUAGGGGCUGCCCCACGAGCUCAGGCAAGGCCCGUGGGAUUUGCGUAGUUCUAGUUCUUCGAUUUGGUUCCUGCGCACGUGUGUCCUGGAAGGCAUUUGUGUGGGUUUGUGUGCACGUGUGUGUGCACGCUGGCACAAGCCUACAUAACUUGUGUGUGCACAUGCAUGGAUUGUGUGUGCAUAGGCCAAACUUAAUAUUGUAUGUGGAAGCCUUGUACAUGUAUGUGAACAUCACCUGCCUGGACAUCACAGCAUGAUUGUGUGAGGAGAGCCUUGGGAGUAAGAACAUGUGUAAUGUGUGUGUGGACGUGCCUGGCUGUUCUUGUGAGGCCCACAUAUGGAUGGGUACAGUAACCUUAGCUGUGGGUAUGGUUGUGCAGGCAGGUGUGUGAGAGGGCCUCUGUGUGUGUGUGAGUACUCGUGUGCAUGUGUGUGCGCGCGCGUUCCAUCAUCCCUGCACCACUCGCCCGGCUCCCCUCCCAAGCUCCGCCCCCACCCGCCUUCUCAAAGCCCACAGCACGUCAAUCCCCGCCCCCUGGCCCCCAGGCCCCCAGCUGCAUGCGCCUCGCCGCUGUCCAUCAGUGUGUGCUUGACAAGAGAAACUGCCACAUCGGGGACCCUGUACCUGGUCCCCUCACCCCUGCCCGCUGUGCUGUGUUACUCGCAUGGGGGGGUUCUCUCUGCCCCCUUCCACAAUAUACUGUUUCCCUAGGGGCCUCGGGGCCAAGGCUUUGAGUGAGGUCCCAAGUGGGGUCCCCCAAGGCCAGCCCGGCUCCACACCCACCCGUCCACCCCGUAGGGCCUGUGUUGGUGUAGAAGUGAUGGCUUCUGUGGAUAUUGUGACCUCUGUCAGUGUAACUUGACAAUUUUUAAAUGGAAAGGGUUGCUGUGUUUUCUGUCUCUUUUUUAAUGUCCUUCUUUUCUUCCCUACCUCCCGCUCUCUUCCCUUUCCUUUUGGUUUUUCUAGCCGAGUGUUGGGGCUUUAAUAAAACUUGUUUCCUUUUUCUCUCCGGGA